CCCUGCCUUCGCCGGAGCCGGUGAUGCCGGUCCCGGAUCAGCCCUGUCCCUGCCGUUCCUCUCCCUCCGUGCUUCGGGCGAGCGCGGCGGCGGGGGGCUGAGGGCCGGGCCGCCCGUCGCGCCGCCAUGGUGCCCUGGGGAGCGGUGCUGUGGCGGCGGCUGCUGAGGAAGCGCUGGGUCCUUGGCGUCGUCUUCGGGCUCUCCCUGGUCUAUUUCCUCACCAGCACCUUCAAGCAGGAAGAGAGGACAGUGAGAGAUCGGAAUCUCCUCCAGGUGCAAGAGCAUGAGCAGCCGAUCCUGUGGAAGGUGAAGUUCAGUGCGGGCAACAGCAGUCAGCUGAGUAACCAGUGCAGGAAUUCUGUGCAGGGGAAGCUCCUCAUUACAGAUGAACUGGGCUACAUCUGUGAGAGGAAGGACCUGCUGGUAAAUGGCUGUUGCAACGUGAACGUGGCCAGCACUAAGCUGUACAGCUGUGACAGCUGCCUACCCAAUGGCUGCUGCAGCAUCUACGAGUACUGUGUGUCCUGCUGCCUGCAGCCUAGCAAGCAACAUCUCCUGGAGCGGUUCUUGAACCGGGCAGCUGUUGCUUUCCAAAACCUCUUCAUGGCAGUGGAAGAUCACUUUGAGCUGUGUCUGGCAAAAUGUAGGACUUCAUCCCAGAGUGUGCAGCAUGAAAACACCUAUAGAGAUCCAAUUGCAAAAUACUGCUAUGGAGAAUAUCCCCCAGAGCUUCUGCCUGUCUGAGCAACCAAGGGAAGGAAGUGGAGACUUGGAGCCAAAACAGCAAGACAAGAGCUGCUGCUUUACAAAAGCCUCAGUGUAAAGUUGUUCCUGUGGACAGUGUAAGCAAGGAACUUAAGUUCUCUGGGCCUGAAUCACACUUUCUGUGGUGUGUUACACAUCUGCUUUAGAGUACCAGAGUACUAGAGCUGGACUGGAGUGCUGGUCCUUUCUUUGAGUACUUCCUCUAGAUUUUUGGAUGCAUGGAGUCAACCUGGGCUACAAAACAUCAUGGGAAAAAUACCUAAUGUAGCUUUGCAUCUUUAUGUGAAGGUUCAGUUGUGUCACUGCAGUCCAGAGACCUUCCAGAGUGGCAGAGGUUUUUGCUUGUAGAGAGUAAAGCAUGCCUGUUGUGCUCUCUCUCUGGAGCACUUCUUGACAUGCCUGGUGUACACUACAUAUGUAAUGAUGGAUUAUUUAUUCAUUUUAUAUGGAUUACUAGCUGAAAGUAUUGAUGCUUUGCAUAGCUAGUUGUUGAUGCCUUUCAGUUUUGUUACAACAGGUAGAAAGGAUAUUUUUAGAUCCUGACUAAAAUUGGUUGCUUUUUUUUCCUUCUUAGUCUAAAGGAAUUGUGUUGGGAUUUGUCACUAUAGUGCUUUUGUUCCUCUUAUUGAGUUUAAAGCAUUCAGAACUCCAAUGGAGUUGUUACUCUGUCCAUAGCAUGAGAGAAGAGCAGGGAUCUGCCUAGGAUGGGGUGUUUAUUGUCUGUAAACACUUUCCUUGUUACUCUGCAGCAGUUUCCUCAAAGAGGAGCCUUAGUCUUACAAAGAGCUCUCUGCUAGUCCACUCUCUGACAGGGAGCCCCAGAGAUUUGUUUGCUUGAACUCAGUCAGGCCUUGGUAAUUCAAGCGUGCUUCGCUCCUGGUUGUGCAGGAGGCAGAAGGGUGGAGCUGGUCGAGGACUUCAGUUUAAUGAUGUCCUUGUGCAUGAAGUAGAAUGUCAGAACACGAGGUAAGUCAUCCUCCAAGGACAACUGUGUUGCACAAGUUCAACUACACAGUCAUGGUUGUUUCGAUUUGCUGUUUGGCAGACUUGUUUCCUGUGCAAUUUUGGUCUGAUCAGAAGGGCACUACACCAAGGUUGGUUUUCCGACAAGUUCUCCCAGCUCUCUAAAGUUUUAACUUAAACUGUCUCCUUCUUAAGGCCACAUGACACAGAAAAGAUAGGUGGAGAACCUGUAAAAUGCUGACUAAAUUUGUGUUCUCCCUGCAAGACCCUGGGCAGUGCCCAAAAUGAUGCUGUUCUUUUCUUUAUGAAGAGCCUCAUUUAUCUUGUUU